ACUAAUAAAUAAAGUUAUAAAUUAAUUAAUUAAUUAAUUGCAACUAAAAAAACUAACCAAAAAAAUAUGACAAAAUUUUAUUAUUUGUUGGCUAUAUUACCUAUGGUAUUACUAAUGGUACCAAAUCAAUGUYACGGUGAUGAACCUGAUGAUCUUAAACAUGAACAUCAAGCUAUGUUAGACAGUGACCAAUGGCUCAAAACAAUCAACGAUAUUAUGAAAAGUGAUUAUAUAACCAAUUUUUCKGGUCUAUUGAGGAAAGGUAUCAACGAUUUGGAGAAUAAAACCCAGGAGGCAUUGAAACAUGAAACUGAUCCAGCUAAAAGACACCAAUUGAUUUUAUGGGCCACCCAAUCGUACGAUAGGGUUAGCAAAUUUAUCCGGGAAAUUGUCGAAAAUAUUCCGCCCAAACCAACCCCAACACCGAUAUACCAUUAAACAAAAAUAAAUGUAACCUAGUACAUUUUUAAUUAACUGUAAUAAUAAUAUUAAUUAUA